AAAAUUAUACGUGAAAAAAAAAAAAAAAAGGAAUCUUGUAGCUACCAUCUGCCUCCUCCCACCGAAUCCCGGUUUUACUUUUCAUUUGGUGUCAAACGGAUAAGGGAAUCCAAGUGGAGUAAGAGUAAGCACUCCAUACAUACACAUUCAUUCAACUAAAUUGAAAUUUGUGGUAGUACCCCUACUUCACCUUUUCCCUAGCCUCUCCUUUUUUGGUGUAUAAAAAGGGCAGUUUUGCAUUUUGUGCUGCACAACACACACCAUUUUUAGUUUCUACACUGCCUUCGAGGAAGAUUUCAUUCCCACCUGAAAACCAACAAAAAAAAAAGAGAGAGAAGAUAAGGAAAAAAAAAAAAUGGCACAACAACAAGCAAGUGCAUUGAGUUCAUUCUUCAACAAUGCGAAACCUUACUUAGCUAUGAUCUCCCUCCAGUUUGGGUAUGCUGGAAUGUAUAUCAUUUGCAUGGUUGCCUUCAAGCAUGGCAUGAGCCAUUGGGUUCUCGUUGUCUACCGUCAUGCUGUUGCUACUCUGGUCAUCGCUCCCUUUGCUUAUUUUUUUGAAAGGAAAAUACGACCAAAAUUGACACUUUCAGUAUUUCUGAAAAUUGCAGCGCUUGGUUUUCUAGAGUAAUAUUCUUGAUCUCAUUUCACAUCUUUUCAUCUAAGCAUGCGCUUAUUUAUACAUCCAUAGAGGUUACAUCAUAUAUAUGCAUUGAAUCUUCCCGAAAAAUUGAGUGAAUUACAUGGAGAAAAACUAUCAAUAUUCAUACAUGCAUAUAUGGGUUUCUAUAUUCCCAUUUCUCAUGAUGUAGACCGAUAUGGAUUAAUAUUGUUAUCAUAGCAACUGAUUAAGAGUAAUUGAAUUCGUAAACGUAUUAAGGAAAAGGAUGUUAAUUAUGAUCGAUCAAAAAAAAAAAAAAAGUAAAAGAAAGAAGGUUUGUGUAUCAAAUAUAGUUGUCCAUAUCAUCAUAAAGGGGUGAUGCGAGAAACACAUGGAGCACUUCAUAUUUGAAUUAGAUUAUUUUAAUACAUCUCUAAUAUUAAUUUCUUUCUCUUAAAGUAGCUUUCUGUGAUGCAAACUUAAUUUAGAAAAUACGAGUUUCUUGAUAAGGCGAAGACCCGUGAUUAGAAACCUUUUGUUAUUUCAUUUGUAUGCUUUUAAAAAUCACAUCAAAUCAUUCUCUUACAAUAAUGAAGUAUUACACUUUCCUGUUAAUUAGGUUUCACUAAUAUGUAAAUACAUUGCCUGAUUAACAAUUAAUUAUUCCGUAAAAGAUUAAUUCUAAGAGCUCGACCUGUUGCGAAACAACCAUGACUAAUACAUAAAAUCACCGGCCACUCCACUCAUUGUUAGAUCCAUGGUUUUGAUCAGUUGGAUUUCCAAACCUUUCAAUGUCAUGCAUGCAAAACUUUCUUGAGUUUAACUUGAAUCAUCAACAAUAGUACGUCGACGUUGUUAGCAACAUAUUUAGUCAAAACAACAAUAAAAUAUCUGAGAUAUUUUUUAGCUAUACGUGGUGAAUGGCUAGUUUGCAUUUUUUUUUUUAAGAAAAAGGUUCGAGGUUAGUGUGAAGAUCCCUUUAUAAAUCACAAUUAAUCACUACUUAAAAAAUGUAUAUAACUUUAUCAUCAUCCAGGAAUCAUUUGUUUUGGUUAAUAUCAUUUCCGCCGUACCCUUGUGUAUAUAUAUAUGUAUACUUAUUCAUCCUAUCUUUUUGGGAUUUUGGUGUAGUGGAUGAAAAUUCCUUUUGUCGUAGCUAGCCAGACACAAGAAAAAAGAUAAUGAGUUUUAUUUCUGGAAAUGUUUCAUCCGUUUAUAUAUUUUAUUAGCAUUACACUCUUUAUCACGUAGAAUUCCACCAGGCCUUUUCCAUCAAUAGAAAGUAUACAAGUAUGUCCUUAGUUCAUCUUUCAUGCACGAAAAAAAUUACUACGUACGCCUGAUAGGUACGUACAUAAUUUUACACAGCCAAACAGAAUUGAAAGUGCAUUAUUUCAUUUCUUUAAAGAAAUGUUAUGUCAAGCUUCAGGAAUAUACUACCAACAUAAUUGUGCAUCCUAGUCACAUGCCAUCAUUUUUACUUUAUGUUACUUCUUCCCAAACCAUAAUUAUUCCUUCAUACUACUUUAGUUCCAGAAUUUUUAGUAUUUCUCUUUUUAAGAAAAUUGUUUCGAAUAAUCUCCUAGUAGUAAAGAAAAAUCUCAUUUAAAAACCUUUUUUUAUUAUUAUUUAUGCUAUGUAUCUGGUGUCCGAACUACUGUCCAGACCAAUCUUAGAUAGAAGUCCUAUUAAAAUCAUUCAUUGAGAUAACUAGUAUACUUAUAUUGUUAAAAAUUGUGUACCCUUUUUAAUAAAUAAUACUAAAAUGGGAUAUUUAAAUUUUGGGUUAUAUUAUUAUUAUUUUAUUUUAUUUUUUGAAAUGGGUUAUAUUAUAUUGAUGAUCGAUGCAGGCCAGUGCUGGAUCAAAACUUGUACUACGUGGGGAUGCAGUCCACAUCAGCUACAUUUGCAUCUGCUUUUGUUAAUGUUCUCCCAGCCGUUACUUUCAUAUUGGCCCUCCUCUUCAGGUUGGAGAAAGUGAACCUUAAACAGAUCCCGAGUUUGGCAAAAGUGAUCGGAACAGCAAUAACAGUGUCGGGAGCCAUGGUGAUGACGUUGUACAAAGGCCCCAUUGUUAACAUUGUAGGGUCGUACGCCCAUGGAGGAAGCCACCAUUCUGCAAGUGCUUCGUCUACUCAGCAGAACUGGGUCACUGGCAUUUCAACCCUUUUCUCUUGCAUCUUUGGUUGGUCCGGAUUUUUCAUUGUUCAAUCAAUGACGUUGAAGGAAUAUCCGGCAGAGUUGUCAUUGACAGCCUUAGUGUGUGUGAUGGGAAUGAUUGAGAGUGGAGUGGUAGCUCUAAUAUUCGAACGCGAUAUGAGCGCCUGGGCCAUUGGUUUCGAUUCCAGAAUUCUUGCUGCUGCUUAUUCUGGGGUGGUUUGCUCGGGGAUAGCUUAUUACAUGCAAAGCGUGGUGAACAAGGUUCGAGGUCCAGUUUUUGUGACGGCUUUCAGUCCUUUGAGCAUGGUCAUUACCGCUGUUUUGGGUGCCAUUGUGUUGGCUGAGCAAAUUCAUCUUGGCAGUAUAAUUGGAGCUUGCAUCAUUGUCAUCGGGUUGUACUCGGUCAUCUGGGGUAAAAGCAAAGAUCUUGCGGCGGCAAAUAAUGGUGAUGAUCAUCAUGACUUUGAGAAAGGCAAAACCCUUGAUUUUCCAAUGACUGAGAAAACUACUGUGGUUUUCGACCUGGCGGAUCCUCAUGACAUUGAGUCCAAUGGCGCUUCCAAAUCUCCAUUCAAACAGAUUUCACCCCUUUGAGAAACUGCCUAAUUAAGUAAUUUUGACCCAACCACCCCCCAAAAAAAAUUGAUGUUGUGAAGUAAUUGCUUAAAACGUUACUUCUUCUUCCAUCAUUAAUUAGUGGAUGAUGUAUUACUGAUCGCACAUUUACCCCCUCCUUACUUUCUUUUUGUUUUUGAUUUUGUGAUAGUGUACGUACUUAUGUCAUGAUGAAGUUGUACCCAAGUACAACUCCCCCUAUGUGUCUUCCCAUCUAUCAUGACCAAAAUUUUCAAUUUAUUGUUUAAUCCCACUCUUAGUUUUCUAUGAGUUUAGUUGACUCUUGUGGUUGUGCUUAUAUGGUUAUUAUAUACUAGUAAAGCCACAAAACACUGAGGCUAUAAACAUACAUGUAAUCACUGAGUGUUAUUUUGUCAUUUGGUCGAAUAAUAAUAUUUUUGUUUUUAUGAUAGUCAUGAGUUGUUGGAUCCUGAUUCUUGAG